UCAGAGGAUGAGUUGUUGCUGGCCAUGAGUUGCCAGCCGUGCAGACUCCACUCUCGCGUAGAAUCGGCCGCGGACGCAUACAUCUCCUGGUGGUGAGUACAGCUUUUGGAUUGUGUAUUUUUAGUUUGUGGUAAACAUGGAACUAACAUUUCCUACUAACAGAAAAGUGAACCUCUCUGAAUCUGGAACUGACGUGACAAACUUGUGAAACAUGUGUAUGAAAUGAAACACACUCACUAAACGCACAACAACACAACGAAUUCACAUCACACAUUAGAACGAUGGAAUAUGUCACUCACUGUAAUUUUUCAAAAUGCUGACCAUAUUCAAUCGUUUAGGUUUAUUUGACCAAAAGGACUGAAACCUUAAAAGUGUGGGGGAGGGGUGUGUCUUCGAUAAUUAUUACAUAGUAAAUUCAUAGAAAAUGAAAAGCUCGUUGAAGUACAACGGACCUAGCGUUUACGCUUAUGAAUGAACUAGAACUAGACCGUGUGAAAUAUGAGACAUUUUGAAUAAAAAUGUAAGAGAAAAAUACGAUUUUGACUGGAAACCUUCACCGGCAAGUAUAAAACAAAACCAGAGAGAAUACGACUAUGGGAUAUCUUUAACGAGGUUACAAUAACUGUACCGAUUAAUAGAACAACCAAUGCGUCAUUAGCGGGGUUAAGAUAACUGUACCAAGUAAUAUGAGUACCCGACUCCCAGUCAGGGGGUUACAAAAUUAUCAGCACUAUUCAAGCAUAUUGGGUACACCCUACUAUUAAACAGCACGCGAUGCAAACGUUUUCUUGUAAAUUUCUAUGUUUAAGCUUUUCUGUGUUCCACUUAACACUACCAUCCAUAGCUAACACCAUCCAUAGCUAACACCAUCUAUAGCUAACACAAUAUGUAGCUAACACCAUCUGUAGCUAACGCCAUCUGUAGUUAACGCCAUCUGUAGCUAACACCAUCUAUAGCUAACACCAUGUAUAGCUGACAUCAUCUAUAGCUGACACCAUCUAUAGCUGACACCAUCUGUAGCUGACACCAUCUAUAGCUAACACCAUCUAUAGCUAACACCAUCUAUAGCUGACACCAUCUACAUCUGACACCAUCUAUAGCUAACAUCAUCUACAUCUGACACCAUCUAUAGCUAACAUCAACCAUCUUUAGCUGACACCAUCUUUAGCUAACACCAUCUACAACUAACACCAUCUAUAACUAACACCAUCUAUAACUAACACCAUCUAUAGCUAACACCAUCUACAGCUGACACCACCUAUAGCUAAGACAUCUAUAGCUAACACCAUGUAUAGCUAACACCAUCUUUAGCUCAACUCGUGAUAGAACUAGACACAGAGAUCAGGGUUUCCCAAACUUUUAAUUCUCAGUUUGGUGGACCGGUGGGCAAGUUUCGAAAUUGCCCCAGGGACCGGUGUCAGAUUCAUUAAUUAUAUAUUUUCUAUUUAUUUGAAAACAAUACAUUCAUCUUGUGCUGACCGAGAACCUAAGGCUCGCAGACCGACGCGGUCAACGGACCACUACUUGGGGAACGCCGGCAUAGAUUACAACCAAUCAACUGACUUAACUAGGGUGAACACACAAAUGGUAACACAGAAAGAUAAAACAUAGAGAUGCACAGCUCUGGUCAGGACUGUUCCGAGGAAAAGUUUGGCGCGGGGCGAAGCCUAAAAAUAGCCCCCCUCCACUUCCCUCCCUUCCACUCCCCCGGCCCCCGUUUCACGAAAAAACGAUAUAUGAUAUCGGUAUUACAUAAUAUAAGGCCUAUUUAAGGAUAUUUUAUUUGAUUAGUCUGUCGGCCACACUUGCCAUGCUGACCUGGGUUGGGGCGGUGCAGGAGAUGCUGGUGACGGGUGGCUGUGAUGGUGCAUAUACUACUUGAGACACUUAAUGACAUUAAACACUGACGUGUUUACUAACACCCACUUGAUUUGAUGAAACCGUUUGUCUGCUAAAUAUGUAACUCAGAGCUUUUGCAUACCCCCCUCUCUUCCCCAAACCCUGUGGCCUGGAGGAGGGACUCGGAUAUUUAAGGGGCCCAAAGCUGCUAUGUGGAAAAAAAAAUUAAACUAUCCACUUUGAAGUGUCAGGGGACCUUCAAAUUUGACGCGACACCGCUCUUAGUGUAACGUAAAGAAACCAAUUUCUACACACUUAGAGUCAAUAUAACUUAUACACGAACUAGCUUUUCAGUCCAUUUCAUUGCUCUUUGUCUUCAAUUUUAUUAUUAGAAAAACAUGCAUUUAUAUAUUUUAUUUAAAAACGUAAAUUUUAGGGGAAAUUGCCACACAUUUUAGAUUAUUCAACCUUAGUUCACUCUGUGAUGUGUAAAUCAUCUUCCUGUGAAAGGUCAUCAUCCACAGCCGAACCCGAGAGUGAUUUCCCCUCAUUAUGACUGGGUCUUGUGUUUACAGUAGACAGAGAAGCGAAUUCCAGGCCAGGGGCUCGUACUGGCACUGUUCAUUGUAUGUUUCCAUGGUAACCUCUUGGCUCUCCUAAAGCUGCAGCGGAUAGAUAGUGGCAAUUUGUAAAACGUAGCUGUUAGACUUUCCAUUGCCAGAAACUCUACCAAUAUACUAUUCAGUCUAUUACAAAUAGUAUAUUUUCCAACUACCCAAUAUAUCACAGUGCACAUAUUCCCAACCAUUCAUUAUACAUAGCCAGUCAUUACCAUUCUUUACCUAAUACAAAAUACGUUUUCAAAACCAUUUACCCUCCACCUUCUCAUGUAUAUAUCAUCUCUCCUUCUCUGACAUUACCCCUACCAACUGUCUAACCAUCUCUCCUCCAUUGUGCCUGAUCUGGCUCCCUCUCUGACUGAUCUAUCUGCCCUACCUCUUACUAAUCUGUCUGCUUCCCUCCCUUGCCAAUUUAUAUUCCCCCCCUCUCUAAAAAAGCUAUCUCUCCCCCCUCUUACCAAUCGACCUUCCCCCCCUCUCUCUGACCUAUCUUCCCUCCCUCUUUGACCUAUAUCUGUCUCCUACCGCUGUGGCCAAUCUAUCAGGAUGUCUGACCGCCCAUAUCUAUAGUGCCCUAACUAUCAGGAUGUCUGACCACCCAUAUCUAUAGUGCCCUAACUAUAAGGAUGUCUGACCGCCCAUAUAUAUAGUGCCCUAACUACCAGGAUGUCUGACCUCCCAUAUCUAUAGUGCCCUAACUAUCAGGAUGUCUGACCGCCCAUAUCUAUAGUGCCCUAACUAUCAGGAUGUCUGACCACCCAUAUCUAUAGUGCCCUAACUAUAAGGAUGUCUGACCGCCCAUAUAUAUAGUGCCCUAACUACCAGGAUGUCUGACCACCCAUAUCUAUAGUGCCCUAACUAUCAGGAUGUCUGACCACCCAUAUCUAUAGUGCCCUAACUAUCAGGAUGUCUGACCAUUCACUGAAUAAACGAUCACACUUUCACUUCCACCAUACAUAGGGUGACCAAACGUCCCGUAAAAACGGGAAUUGUCCCGUUUGUUCAGGAUCGUACUCCGUGUCCCGAAAGAGUCUUCCGGGAAGACUAAAUGUCCCGUUUCUAAAACCAAACACAUUUUCUGUUUUAGUUUAGACAACUUUAUAUCAGAUAAGAAGGAACAUUUAAAAAUGGCCGGGACAACAGCCAAAUAUCCUCAAUUUAAAUCCUACACCAGCGAAAUUUAAUUUGUUGUGUUGCAUUAUGUUGUAAAAUAUGUAUAAAUAAAUAAAUAUUCACUGCAAAAUUAUUGUUGUCGCUCAUGAUAUGCCCCAGAGUUUAAAUUAAAUUACAAAAGAGAAGUUAAAUUUAAAAAAAGAUUUCUAGGUCUCAAAAUAGUUCAAAUGAGCAUAUUUCAAUAAACUGUUUCCGGCGGAGGCCCCCAGCCCUCUCUUUAGCUGGAGGGUAUCCCCCCCCCCGAACCCUCCAUGGGUGUGUCCCGUUUUUUCAAGUUCAUGAUUUGGUCAACCCAACUAUACCACAAGUCCUCCUCCGUCUCCUCCCCAGAUACGCACCAUUCAACUCCCAUCCUCUCAACCCCCCCCNAACCCCCAUCCCCACAACCCCCCCCCCCCCAACCAUGUUGUAUAAGGUCACGUAUAAUUCCUCAAUUACUUUUCCAGAGAGAACGCCAUACCGGAAGUGAAAUUCAUGCUGCAGAAAGCACUGACCUACUUCAGACAGGAAGUGAAAUUCAUGCCGCAGAAAGACUGACAUACUUAAAACGCGAGGGACUAACUGACAGCCCUGUGGAUGGAAUGAUGAAAAGAUACGUUAGAUUGUAGAUGUAAAAUAUCAAAGUCUACUUCUGUGAUGGUGACCUGCGUGGGCGUGGCUGACGGACAGAGCGCGGAUUCCCCGUAGUUAACGAACUCCCCUGGAGGACCAACAGUUUAGCCUUGCUGACACACGAAGCUAACGAAAUGGGCACUUAUCAGUUAGGGCUAAUUUAUUCAACCUAAGAACUGGUUUUAUUGGCUUUUAAAAAAAAAAAAAUGAGCACAACGUGCAUUGGAAAACUGUGGGCUGUGACGUCAUUCCUGGCGUCCUUAGCAACAGCGGUUGGCUAUUACUUUCCUUACUGGCUCGAAGGUUACUACAUGCACGAAAAUGGCGUCACCUACCCCAUGUACUUCGGCAUUUUUAGGAGAUGCUCGUAUCCAAAGCGUGACAAAGACGGCACUGUUGCCAUAUUGGACGAGUGUGGCCGUUAUUCAGAUUUCCUGGACAUUCCCAGUAUUUUCUGGCAGGUAGGGGAGAUUUUGUCUUAUUAUAACGGUCAGAAUUUUUGUGGUGCAGAUAUAAGGAAGCAAUGUUGUCUGACCUAGCCCUUUGUCUGACCCAACCAGUUGUCUGACCUAACCAGGUGUCUGACCUAACCAGUUACGUUAGUGGUUUUCUGACGUAACCAGUUGUCACACAUAACCAGUUGUGUCUUCUGACCUAGCUAGUUGUGUCUUCUGACCUAGCUAGUUGUGUCUUCUGACCUAGCUAGUUGUGUCUUCUGACCUAGCUAGUUGUGUAUUCUGAUCUAACUAAUCACGUUACUGGUUUUCUGACCAGUUGCCUGACGUAACCAGUUGUCUAGCAUCCAGUUGUGUCUUCUGAUCUAACCAGUUACCUUAGUUGUUUUCUGGCAUAACCAGUCAUCUGACAUAACUGAUUGUCUGACAUAACCAGUUGUCUGACAUAACCAUCUGUCUGACAUAAACAUUUUUCUGACAUAACCAGUUGUGUCUUCUGACCUAGCCAGUUGUGUCUUCUGAUCUAACCUGUUACGUUAGCUGUUUUCUGACACAACCAGUCAUCUGACAUAGCCAGCUGUCUGACAUAACCAGUUGUCUGGCAUAACCAGCUGUGUUUUCUGACCUAGUGAGUUGUGUCAUCUCAUCUAACCAGUUUUGUCCUCUGAUCUAACCAGUUGUCAUCUGACCAAACCAGUUCCGUCUUCCGCAAACGGUUCAGUUGUGUCUUGUCACCAGUUGUUGCCUUAACCAUUGCUGUCUGACUUACAAAUGUGUGGUUUUUGUGUGUGCGCAAUUAAUGCGGAUAUUGUUUGAUUGCUGCAGAUCGGCACAGUGACCAUCGGCACAGGCGCCUGCCUCUCACUGCUGGUGUCCAUGACUGCCCUGGUGUCCUUGUGUGUGAGGGACAUCAUCACUGCUAGACUUGCCAGGUUCACCGGAGUCAUGCAGCUGUGUGCCGGUAGGGAAGUGUGCUUUUGUGUGUGUGUGGGGGGGGGGUGAGGAGUUUGUGUGGGGGAUGUGAAAGGAGGGCAUUUUAUGUGGAUGGGGAGGAGUUUGUGUAUGCCAAGUGUAGGGAGACAUAUGUAUGUAAAAACGUGGAGGGAUUUGUGGGUGGGGUGAGUUGGUAGAGGUGUUGGGUGGGGUGUUCUGGUAGAAGUGUGUUGGGUGGGUUGAGUUGGUAGAGGUGUUGGGUGGGGUGUUUUGGUAGAAGUGUGUUGGGUGGGUUGAGUUGUUAGAGGUGUUGGGUGGGGUGUUCUGGUAGAAGUGUGUUGGGUGGGGGGAGUUGGUAGUGGUGUUGGGUGGGGUGUUCUGGUUGUGUUGGGUGGGUUGAGUUGGUAGAGGUGUUGGGUGGGGUGUUUUGGUAGAAGUGUGUUGGGUGGGUUGAGUUGUUAGAGGUGUUGGGUGGGGUGUUCUGGUAGAAGUGUGUUGGGUGGGUUGAGUUGGUAGAGGUGUUGGGUGGGGUGUUCUGGCGGAGGUGUGUUGGGUGGAUGUUAUUGGUAGUAGUGUGUGCGUUCAUGAACAUUGUAGUCCAUUAAAGUGUGUCGGUUCUAAUGCUUGUUACUGCUUGCGUUGUUUAAGGUUUAUAGUUUGUUUAGAUGGUAUCAUGGUGUAAGUUGGUGUAAGUUGGUGUAAGUUGGUGAAUGAUUGAACGAGUUAUUGGUACUGAGAUGGUUAAGCUGUUGUCAGAUGUGAUUCUUAUGUAGAAACAGGGCCGUAUUAUCCAUUAGGCUGACCAAGCAGGGGUCUAGGAGCCACCAUGAACAAGAGCCCAUGCAAUCUUUAGCCCCACAAUGGCAAUGCUGCGUAAUUGAAAAUUCCACAUUUACGAGGGGUCCAAAGAAGCCCGAAGCCUAAGGGCAAGGGCCUUGACAUGGGUUAAUACGGCACUGCAUUGGUUAAUACGGCGAUGCAUGGGUUAAUACGGCACUGUGUUGAAAGAGCAAGAUUUGAGAUCAAGCUAAUGCCAUUAAAAGGCUGAAAAUAACACAAACUGAGCUCAUUACUUUGAUCAUUUCUCAUGUUGUUUAUAUCAGGGUUGCUAGUAGGAGGCGGUCUAGCCAUCUACCCAUACGGCUGGGACACCGUUCAGGUGAAACAAGCCUGCGGUGGAACAUCGGGUGUCUUUCAAUUAGGUAAAUGUGUUGACUGCAGGUUUUUUUUUUAGAGUUGUGAUGGUAGGAUGCUAAUGGGAUUGAAAUGGUAGGACCGUCGGGGGAUUGUGAUGGUAGGAUGCUAAGGGAUUGUGAUGGUAUGGUACUAAUAGGAUUGUGAUGGUAGGGUGCUAAUGGGAUUGUGUUGGUAGAAUGUUAAUGGGAUUGUGAUGGUAGGAUGUAAUGGGAUUCUGAUGGUAGACUAAGCUGCUAAUGGGAUUGUGAUGGUAUGGUGCUAAUGGGACUGUGAUGGUAGGAUGCUAAUGGGACUGUGAUGGUAGGAUGCUAAAGGGAUUGUGAUGGUUUGGUGAUAAUGGGAUUCUGAUGGUAGAUGCUAUUGGGAUCGUGAUGGUUGAGUGAUCAUGGGCUUAUAUUGGUGGGGUACUUAUGAGAUUAUGAUGGUUGAGUGAUCAUGGGAUCCUGAUGGAGGGGUUCUAAUGGCAUUGUGAAGGUGGGGUUCAAAUGGUAUGAUGAUGAUAGGUGGUGAAUAGGGUUGUAAUAAUCACCCUUGCACCCUGUGAUAGAGAUUGUUACUAUUGCGGGUAUACACUAACAUGAAAAUUUCCUCUACAGGUGGAUGUCAUCUGUACUGGGCUUUCUACCUGACAGCUGGAGGCGGGGCCCUAACCAUGAUCUGUUCAACUCUGGCCUGUCACGCAUUCAAGUACAAGCUACACACAAGAAUCAGUUACGAUUUGUGAAACAACCACCCGAUGAUAACAACCACCUCAUGAUGCUACGAUUUGUGAGACAGCCACCCCCAUAAUGUUAUCAUUUGUGAAGCAGUCACCUCAUGAUGUUAUCAUUUGCAAAAUAACCACUUCAUGAUGUCAUGAUUUGUGAGACAACUAUCUUUAGCGUUGAGAUUUAUGGCUUUUGCAAUCCAGGUCCCAAUGGGAUACGAGGUCUUCUGCCUAACUUCCAAAGGACUAUGAUGUUCAAGAAAUCUUCAGACAUGGAUGGUUUAAUUAAAGCUAUCAAAAUAAUGUAAUAGAAGAUUGUUCCAGCAUGGAAAAGUAAAUAUUUCUGAGGGACACCUUUACUUUUCAUGUGCAGAACCAAAAUGGGGAUAUUCUAUAUUUAAAGCUUGGAAGUACAGAUUUCAAAAGAAAAGUGUUUAAAAUCAUUAAAUCGUCUAGUUUACUUUCAGCCGGCGAACCCCACAGAAAACCCCUUGUGACCCAAUUUGGGGCCGCAAACCUUGGGUUGGGAACUGAAGUGAUAGAGAGAAGUCAUGCUUCUUUGCGUUUGCCUCUUACAUCUUUGAUGGCACAAGCGAUUGACUCAUUGAAUAAAUGUAAAGAAAAUAAGCAAAAGACAAAAAAAAAAUCAGGCACUAAGUCCCAGCAGUCAAAAAUAAAGUUAAUGGAAGGAAGGGAAGUAACAUGCACAAAUCUAUUUUCAGAAAAUACUGAAGAAUAACCUUAAAGAUAAUUUUUUUAUUAAAAAUUAUUUAUUUUUACUUUUCAAUUUUGUAUUUUAAAUUUUUCAUCGCUGAUAAUGUUAGGGUCAAAUGCCCCUCUGGCACUGCCCCCACUAGAGUUAACUGCCCCCCGCCCCCUAACUAGAGUUAACUUGCCCUCUGGCAUCCCUCCCCCACUAAAUUCUACGUGCAUUUCCAUCUUAAGCGUGGAUUGUAGUUUUUUUGUUUGUUUACACACGUGACUGAGUGACCUUGCUCACCUAGUGGUCAUCUUUAAGGCUGUAGCUAAGUUGUGUGAGCACCACGUCUGCUUCAUUAACUAAACAGUGGGAUAAAAAGGGGUGGGUUAGGGUGGGUCACAUGAGAGCUUUGGGAUUAAGGGUAUUUUUUUUAAAAAAGCAGGAAAUAAUACUUCUUUUGUGGAUAAUGUACAAAUUAAAUUUUUAAUACUUAAAAAUAGCAGAUAAAAAAUAUUAAAAAAAAAACAAACUUUCUAUCAAAGGUGAGUACAUACACACUAAAAGUGGAAAAGAAUUUUUAAAAAUUCUUAAAAUACAUAAUGCAAAGAAAGUCUGGCAGACAAUAUUUUUUUUAAAUUGAUAACAAUAAAACAUUUAAGUUUCAUCUAUAUUCAAUUCAAAUCCUUUGAAUACACAGUGUGCUCAUCCACACUUCUGAACAGUCUUUCUUUGAGUAGAGUUUAAUGCAUUUUAAGAAAUUGUAAAUUAUUUUCUACCUUUAAGUGCGUUUUGACUCAUUUCAGAUAGAAAGUCUUUUUUGUCCAUUUUUAUUUUUUUAAUUUUCCUUUGCGGGAUCUUCGUUUGCAUUCAUGUACCGUAUAUCAGAAAAUGACAAAUAAAUGCUUUCUUUUUACUAGAAAGAUGUAGGUUAGCUCCUGUGAAUUAUUGUACACACUUAUCUCCCAGGAAUUAUUGUACACACUUAUCUCCCAGGAAUUAUUGUACACACUUAUCUCCCAGGAAUUAUUGUCCCUUUUAACUGUAAAAACAGCUUCAAAUAAAUAUUUAUUUGGAACAAAAUCAUUGAAAUUGGACAUUUUUAAAGAUUAUAUUAUAAAUUAAAUUUAUUAAAAUGUCCACGUUUAAAGAUGUGUUUCACAACUGAACCAUAGGGAUGGGGUGACACAAUUCAAGUUAACGGGUAUUUCUGUUUUGAAUAUUGCCCCCCCCCCCUUUUCCCCUUAUCCUUACGUUUCUUUUUGGGAGCAAUCAAAAUUCUGACAUAUUAGCUGCAUUCCUCUUGUUGUACAAUUUCAUCCAUGGCUGUUAUAAAUGGACUCUACAAUCAUAAUUCUCUUAUAAAAUGUUACACUUGUGAUGUUUAGCAAAGAAUCAUGAUAAAAAAAUAUUUUUUAAUGUAAAAUUCUUUUUCAAUAAAAGUG